AAAACGACGUCACGAACGUAAACAAGAGCAUGUCGCACAGGCAGACUCAGGCUAAAGAGAUGAACGGCCAAGCGGACGUCGAAGUAGACUACAAGCGGAAAUACAAAAACCUUAAACGAAAAUUAAAAUUUCUUGUUUAUGAACAAGAGUGCUUCCAGGAGGAGCUGAGGAGAGCACAGAGGAAACUUCUUAAAGUUUCCAGAGACAAAAGCUUUCUCCUGGACAGAUUGCUUCAGUAUGAGAGGGUAGAUGAAGACUCCUCAGAUUCAGAUGCAACAGUUUCCUCAGAAAACAGUGAAGUGGAAGGGCCCAGGGAGAGGGAAAGAGAAAGAGAUGGACCAAAGAAGCGUAAAAGUAGUCCUGGGGCGUGCCUUCCUUCUUCAUCAUCUCCUCAUCUCUCCCUCAUGUCCCGUACUGGUGUAAAUCCUCUACAGUCAUCGAGCUCUGGACCCUACCUCAACACUAUGCCCUUCCCACCAGAGUAUUUGGCACCCCAGGCUGAACGAAUGAAGAAAGAGAGAAAAACAAAGACGCCUAAAAACAAGAAAGAGACUACGGGGAAGGUUGUGGCUCCAAUGGCAGCUAAUUACCCAUCAACCCCUGCGGCUGCUCCAGCAGGCAGCGGCCCCUUCAGCUGGGUUCCCAGACAGAUGCUCAGUGGAGAUGCAGCUGAGGAGGAAGGGGAGAGCGACGGAGACAGUGACAGAGGAGAUGAAGACAGGGGGGAGGGAGACGAGGCUGAACUCGUCAUUGACAUCCCUAACGAGUGAGCCUGUGUGCUUAGGUGGGCUGGAGGUGUGUGCCUGCCACAGAAGUCCACUGUAUAUAUUCUUUUUUUAGCAGCCCAUUCCACAUAUCUUAAAAGAAGAGUUAAGCUCCACCUUGUGGACAUAAGCUCAACUGCGUUAUCACUGUUAAAACAAUCUCAUGAGAAUUAUGUUGUUCAUACACCACGGUAGUUCAUUCAUCUGUGACAGCGUUACAGUUUGCAAACUUUUAGGAUAGUUUCAGUGCAGCUGGACUGAUUGGAUACUUUACUUUGUUUCUGAUCCAUGUUUUUAUGUUUCCACUUCAAGCUACCUGCUGAUCAUAUUUGUCUCUACAGUCUAUUAAUCUAUAAUGUUUAAAUACAAGGAGAUGUGUCCUUCGCACAAGAAUCUCUUUUGUUUUGUUGUGUCUAACCACCAUCUCAGACUUUAUUUUAAAAGUCCUGCAGAGUCCUAUGAUUGUUUAACUGUGAUUAUUGAUGUUUGCAGCAUACAAAUAUUGAGUUAGCUAUUUGUACUUAAACCUUGUGUAUUAUCAAGUUGCCAAACCCAGUUUUGCUGAUGUCAGAUUAAAAUUCAAUUGAAUAAAUAUUUUUUAUUUAAAGGUAA